GUGUGUGUAUGUAGAGGAGUAACAAGUAGUGAAGUUUUUGUCACAAACCUCUGAGACAACCCCUCUUUCUCUCUCUCUCCAAUAAUUUUUCCUUUGACAAACAUCAAACUCACUAAACAAGAAGCAGUGCGAUUCCCCCUUUUGAAGUCUGCUCAACCAAACAUAGCACCCGCAGCACUCCAACAAGAGAAAAGAGAAGAUGCUACUUCCUGUCUCCUUCCGCCAUUGCACUUGCACCUAAUCCUCUUUCUCUAUCUCUCUCUCUCUCUCUAUGGAUUUCGCCCUCCUCGCCUCCGACACCAAUCUCUUACAAAAUGCUAAUGCUGAUGCCGACAAGCAGAAAUGCUACGGAUUCGGAUUUCUGAAGCAAGAUAGAGCAAUAAAUGAAGAAGAUUUUAGGGAGUUUAAGAUGGCCAAGACUUCAUCCUGCGGUGAGGGUGCGCUCAGAUACCCGCCUCACAGAUCCAACGGCUGUAGUCUCUCCUCCCCACAAGCCCAUCACCAAAUGCUCAGCUUUUCUUCCCCAAACUCACAGCCUUACUAUCACUACUCAUCCAAUGCAUUUGCUAGGAUUAAUGCAGGGAUAAAUGGCGGAAUGCAGCAGCAGGGGGUGAGAGGGCCAUUCACCCCAUCACAAUGGAUGGAGCUAGAGCACCAAGCCUUGAUCUACAAAUACAUCACUGCUAAUGUUCCCAUUCCUUCUUAUCUUCUCAAUCCCAUCAGAAAAGCUUUUGAAGCUGCUGGUUUCUCUGCCCUCAGAUCCAAUCCUUUGGGAUGGGGUGGCUUCCACUUGGGAUUCUCCAACACCGACCCGGAGCCGGGGCGGUGCCGGAGAACCGACGGCAAGAAGUGGCGGUGCUCGCGAGACGCGGUGGUGGACCAGAAGUACUGCGAGCGCCACAUGAACCGUGGCCGCCACCGUUCAAGAAAGCCUGUGGAAGGCCAAUCCGGCCACGCCGCUGCCACCAAAAGCGUUGUGGAGCUCUCCAAAAUAAAACCCAAAGACGGUGGGGUCCGAGAAUGGGAGAGACACGAGUUCGGGCUGGUCUGCUCCGACUCGCUGGUGAACCCGUUGAACAAGAAGGCGGUACGCCAGUUCAUGGAGCCGGAGAGCCGCGACACGCAGCUCUCCAUCUCCAUUAGUACUAGCACUAGUGCUACUAGUACAAGUAACUGGGUUCCCAUCUCGUGGGAGCCCACUUCCAUGGGAGGGCCUCUCGGUGAGGCCCUCCACAGCAACGUGCAGCUCAACCUCAUGGACAGAUGGGACAGCAGCCCCCGCUUGGACUCCUCUCCCACGGGGGUGCUGCAGAGGGGGCCCUUCGCCUCCCUCUCCAACAGCAGCGCCGCCGGUAGCCCUCCGCACGAUCCAUCACUGCCUCCACUCUAAACUAUCCAAUUUGCUCUUCUUUUUAAUUAUUAUUGUUGCGUUUGCCCUUUGUGGUAGUACUACUAAAUGGAGUAUUAAUUUGUUGCAUUACUUUGAAACUUAGCAUAUUCCGUGUGGUGCUUUGAUUGUUGUUAUCUAAAUAGCUCUUGUUUGGUGGGAUUGAGAUUUUUGUUUAGGUUGGUUGGAAGGAAGCAUGCUUGUGGUUGUGAUGUACCCUAUAAUAAGUAAUAGUAACACUCUUUAAUAUUGCAUUUA